AAAAUCCAAACUUUUCUCCAAAAUCUCGUGAAAAAGGGUUAAUUUUGGUUAACCCGCCACGAGCCACCAUAAUCAUAGUUCAUAGCCAUUUGCCAACUAAAGCUUUUCUCCAGACCAUCCCAAACCCAGAACCCGAAAAACAAAACAAAAUGCCACCUUUAACAUACCAAUUACCCAAAUAACAAGAAGAAAAGAAAAAGGCGUUUCUUUUUUGUUUUUAUUUUGCUUUUUAAAUACUUCGACACCAAUCAAAGACAACAUCGGACGACAUAUAACAAGAACAAGAGGAGAAAGGUGAAGGAAUAAAAAAAACAAGAGAAAAAUGGGAGCUUACAGGGCGGAUGAUGACUACGAUUACUUGUUUAAGGUUGUCCUGAUCGGUGACUCUGGGGUUGGAAAAUCCAACCUUUUGUCUAGAUUUACAAGGAACGAGUUUAGCCUGGAAUCUAAGUCUACUAUUGGGGUUGAGUUUGCCACCCGUAGCAUUCAUGUUGAUGAUAAAGUUGUCAAAGCUCAGAUUUGGGACACCGCUGGACAAGAAAGAUAUCGUGCGAUAACCAGUGCAUAUUACCGUGGUGCUGUUGGUGCUUUACUAGUCUACGAUGCCACCCGUCACGUUACAUUUGAAAAUGUAGAAAGGUGGCUGAAGGAACUUAGGGAUCACACUGAUGCCAACAUUGUGAUUAUGCUAGUUGGGAACAAGGCAGACCUGCGACACUUGCGAGCAGUUGCCACUGAAGAUGCCAAAGCUUUUGCUGAACGAGAGAACACCAUUUUUAUGGAAACAUCUGCACUUGAGUCUUUGAAUGUUGAGAAUGCCUUCACGGAAGUGCUGACCCAGAUUUAUCGUGUUGUAAGCAGGAAAGCUCUUGAUAUUGGAGAUGACCCGGCAACUUUGCCCAAAGGGCAGAGGAUCAAUGUUGGAUCAAAAGACGAUGUAUCAGCUGUGAAGCAAGUUGGAUGUUGCUCAGCUUAAGCAUGGAGAAGAAGUCUAGAGUUAUUUGUCUUUGAAAAUUAACCAAUUUACAGCACAAAAAAGCGAACAUCAACAAUGCAUUGACAAAUUGACAUCGUGCUUUGGAUGCUAAACACAACUCGUCUAUGUUAGCUUGAUUAAUGGUUUUAUGUUGUUUUAUUUGUUAAUUUCAAACAUUUUGCUUUUGUUUCCUUCUUUGUUCAUUGCUUUAAGUGCUAAACCAUCUUAAUUUUAUACAAGUUCAGUUUGUUUCGAAUCAUUGCCUGACUGUUGGUUUUUGAUGGAACACCCAGCUAUUAUGCUUUGAGCCUGUGAUGGCAGUGGGUAUAUGAUAUUGGAAAAUCAAAGCUCCUUAUGUAGUAUCUUGUUUACUCAGUUAUGCUUAUUUCCGUAAAUCAUUGACACUAGCCUCUUUUGAUAUUGUUGAGGUGCUUACCAUGAUGGGUCCGAUCAUCUUAUUUGCCCAUAGAUCGGCCGCACACGGCUGCCAACCGUAAAAAUUACUUGUCCCAAUUACAGGGUAUUAGAGCCCUUGGUGAUCCAACCAAGGGCAAAAAACGAGACCCCAGCCAAGGAAUUGAUCCAACCCAGGCUCCGUUCGUAUCAGUAACAUUGACAAGAGAAUUGUAGCAUUUUAUUUUCUUUUACUACAAGUCGUUAAGAUUAGGUGUAGCUUCAUUACCAUUGUCUAGUAGUAUUAUAAUUUUGGUGAAUGUUGUUGUCAGUUCGACCAGAGGAAAUGCAUAAUCUUCUCUUCUUCAACAUACUGGAUGCCCUCUUUGCUUCACUUUUGAGAUUGAAGCCCUCGUUUUCCCUGACAGCCAGUAAAAUAAGCAGAGCAUAAAGAAAUCUAUUCACUUCAAAAACCACACCAGAAUGAUUAAAUUAUGUGCCACCAAAUGGAAAAAAAAAAUGUCUUUGUAAUGAGCAACACUUUUAAUAAA